CUUGAGCUUUGGCAGAGCGUCGCGUCUCAUCGCUCCGUGCUCCGUGCCAAGGGGUGCAAAUAUACGCGAAGAAUUCGCAGGCGUCACUUAAAUACUGUGGCCUUCGCGCUGCCAACGCGAAUUCGUGCUCGCCGGCCGCUCGCGGCGCGCACACAACAUCGCAGUGCUCACUUGCAGCAAGGCGACGCGCACAUCAGUCGUUGCGGCUGCAAGACGACAACCAUAAGCGUUUCCCAACGCUAACCGACGAUGAAGCUCCUCCUCACGCUCGCCUCGGCCGCCGCGCUGUCGGCGCCGACGCGCCUGCCCGCCCGAGCCAGCGCAUGAAUCAAACUGUGUCGCGGCGCGUCUCCGCUCGUAGCCUCCACGCCAUCGACGCGACGUGAUUGAUGCGCGCGCAGGCCCUGGCCGCCGACAAGCAGCUCAAAACGAUCUUCGAGAACAACCGGAGGUGGGUCCGCGAGGAAGUCAAGAAGGACAAGGACUACUUUAAUCGGAUGGCCUCCGGGCAGUCGCCGCAAAUCCUGUGGAUCGGCUGCUCCGAUUCACGAGUCCCUGCCAAUCGUAUUAUGGGUUUAGAUGCGGGAGAAGUCUUCGUGGCGCGAAAUGUCGCCAACCAGGUCAUCGGCACGGACAUGUCCAUGAUGUCCGUCAUCCAGUACGCCGUGAACGUGCUGAAAGUACCUCAUAUCGUCAUCUGUGGCCACUACGAUUGUGGAGGUGUGAAAGCUUCCAUGGAAAACGUCGACCACGUCCCACCUUUGGAGAAUUGGCUGCGGAACAUCCGCGAUACGUAUCGGUUGAAUCGCCAGGAGCUGGACCGCAUCUCCGACAAGGACCAGCGGACGCGUCGCUUGGUCGAGUUGAACACCUUAGAACAGGCCUUCGCCGUUUUUAAAACUGGAGUCGUCCAGAGGAGGCGGGUCCAGACCUACGGUUCUGAUCAAGAGCCCUACACGCAGCCGCGGAUCCACGCCGUCGUGUUUGAUCCCGGGACUGGCGAACUGAAGGAACUGAACGUCAACUGGAAGCAGGAGCUCGACAAAUUGGGGCCGAUCUACAAUUUGUAUGCCCCGGAGACGGCGGAAGCUAGAGCGGAGCGGCUCGGCGACGGCGGUGCUGCGGCGGCCGCGCCGCCUCCUGUGGAGCCUGCGAAGAAGAAGGGCCUCUGGGGGCGUCUUCGAGGGUGAGGGUUGUCCGGUCACGCUGGCACCGGACAUUGCUAGGGAGUAAGUUAGAUAGCUUU